AUGAGUGUUUGCUUUGAUCUUUUGCAACAAAUUGCGCACCUCAACAAGGUUGGUGUGUCUUGUUUGGCCUCCGGGUCCGGGGCUGAUGCUGUGAGGGCUUUCAAGCAAGCCCUGGGAGUCAUGGCCCAAGUUACACAGCAUCCAGAAUCUUCACAGCUUUUUCAAUCCAGGAUCCAUGCCUGUUCCCCUGUCCCCAUUCACGGCAUGAAAACUCCCUUCUAUCUCUACAGCAAUGGACUCGUUUUCGAGGCAUCCACCGACAUUGACAUUGCAUUUGUAAACUCUGUCAUUUUGUUUAACCUGGCAUUGGCAUUUCACCAACGGGGGCUCCAAUGCGGCCGGGAACAAGCGCUUCGAAAAGCGCUCUCGCUGUAUGAUCUGUCCACUCAGCUGAUAUCCGACCUAUCGGCUUGCUCCGGUGCGCUUCUACUGGUAGCUCUGAACAACUCAGCUCAGAUUCAGUUUGAGCUCGGUGAAUACCAGUGUUCAUGCGAAACUUUGCAGAUGCUGGAAGGAGAAGCAGUUCAUCUUCCUCUUGCAGACUGCUCUUCCGCAGUACUCGGGCAAGAACACAUUGACCAGAUCUUUUUGAAUGUCGCCCUGACAAAGCCUCCAAUGACAGCAGCAUCAGCUUGA